AUGCCACACUUCAAACUAAAAGACCUCCCCACCCUCAAAAACAUUCCCCAAAAACUCGAAGUCGACGUCGAAGGGGUAGACGACGGCAAAGUCCUCCUCGUUAAAACCGGCAACACGGUUCACGCGCUUAGCCCGCGAUGCACGCAUUAUGGGGCGCCGUUGAAGGGCGGUGUCAUUGAGGGUGAGAGGCUUACUUGUCCGUGGCAUGGGGCCUGCUUCAACAUUACUACCGGUGAUGUCGAAGACGCACCGGCCCUAAACGCGCUGAAUAAAUACGAGAUCAUCGAGAAAGAUGAUGGCGUUUAUAUCGAGGCUGAAGAAUCGGAUAUUAAAUCCGGCCAUCGGGAUCCCGCCUUGAAAUGCAGUGUUUCUUCUGACUCGGAUGAGAGGGUCCUUAUUGUUGGAGGCGGCACAAUAGGCCUAAUCCAAUCCCUCCUAACAAAAAAAUACCGCGGCAAAAUAACAAUCCUAACCAAAGAGCCCGCAAACCUCAUAAUCGACAGACCCAAGCUCUCCAAAGCCCUAAUCCCGGACCCGGACAAGAUCGCCCUCCGCCCAAAACAAUGGUAUAAAGACGCCGGCGUCGAGAUUCUAUCUGAAGAAGUCACAUCCGUCGACUUCGACGCAAAAACCGUUACAACCUCCUCCUCAAAACACACCUAUACCAAACUCGUCCUCGCAACAGGCGGUAUUCCCAAAACACUCCCCCUGCCUGGAUUUGACUCGGUGAAAAACAUCUUCACCCUUCGCACCGUCGCAGACGUAAAAUCAAUCCUAGACGCACUGACCACGCUCAAAACCGACAACAAGGCCCCCAAAAAGGUAGUCAUCAUAGGCUCAUCAUUCAUAGGAAUGGAAAUCGGCAACGCACUGGCCCAAGACACCGCCAACGCCGUAACGAUAAUCGGCAUGGAAUCAGCACCAAUGGAACGAGUCAUGGGCGCAGAAGUAGGCCGGAUCUUCCAGCGUAAUCUUGAAAAGGCCGGUAUAAGAUUCAUUCUCAACGCCUCUGUCGAGAAAGCUUCCACUCCAUCCGCAUCGACAUCCACCUCCGUCCAUCUCGGCGAUGGAUCCGUCAUCCCGGCCGAUAUCGUCAUUCUAGGCGUCGGCGUGCGUCCCGCCACGGACUUUUUAAAGGGUAAUGAGAGAAUCUCGCUUGAGGGGGACGGGUCUGUGAGGACGGAUGAGCAUUUUGCCGUUCCCGGACUGGACGGUGUCUUUGCUAUUGGGGAUAUAGCGAGAUUUCCGUACCACGGUCCUGGCGGUGAUGGAUCGCUAACGCGCAUUGAGCAUUGGAAUGUCGCGCAGAAUGCGGGGCGGAGUGUUGCGAGGUCGAUUUUGCAUGCUGGUGGUGGUGGUGGGGGGGUUGGAGACCAACUUGAAGCCGAGUAUACCGAUUUUCUGGUCUGCGGUGGGGGGGUCAGAUGCGGUAUGCGGGGAAUACGGUUAAUGGGUAUGAUGAUGUGUUUGUCAAGGAGGAAGAGGGGAAGUUUGUUGCGUAUUAUUUUAGGGGGGGAGAUUGUUGUUGCGGUUGCUACUAUGGGGGUUGAUCCGGUUAUGGUUAAGGUUGCGGCGCUUAUGAGGGUUGGCAGGAUGGCUGGGAAGAAGGAGGUUGUUUCUGGGAUUGAUGUUUUGGGGUUGGAGUAG